UUGACAGAGAUAGGGACUUCGGGACCGCAAGGUGGACAUGAAACACAAGAGUUUGACAGCGAAAUGAUUCUCGGGGAGAGGAAAUACUCUGAUUAUCAGCAAAUACAGGUAAAUGGGUGAAGUAGUUUCUUGUAGUGGCAUCAUAACACUGCGGUGUGCGGGGAAGGCGAAUCACGAACAAAACUUCCGCAUGACCAUCACACGCGGGGAGAAAUCGGGGAAUCCCUUAAAAACUUGAUGGUCAUCGACUAGGCUUAGCUACAAAAAUCCCUAAAAAUAGCCUUAAAAAUCUUUUAGAAUUCUCCAAAAACUCUCUAAAAAUCCCUUAGAAAAUCUUGUAAAUCUCUAAAAAUUAUUGUAAUAUUAUCAAUCAAACAAAAAAAAACUGGGUAACCUAUAGCCUAAACUGCCCUUACGGAAAAUUCCCGAGCAAAAUCGUAGACUUUAUCUGACUUAAAUAUCAAUGAGCCUUGUUUGCGUAACAAGACAAAAGCAAAUAGUCACUAUCUUAGGAACCCCGGUUGUGAGGGAUUCCGGCCAUCAACACUGAUUCAGAUAAGGAAAGAAGUUUUUCACUUCCUUAAACUCCCGCGCUGGGACUGACCAGUCUUCAGUUUAUGCGGAAAAUGAGGAUAGCUUGGGCUACUUCGUUUCUCUCAGUUCAGCUGCUCUGUUAACUGCGUAACAGAGCCUCAAGAUUUCCCUUUCGUUCAUGUAGCGCUGCUUUAGUACGUCGUUAUCUUAAGUCGUUAUCGCAGUCGGGACGUCAGUCUUCAAAAAGCACGAUUAACCAAGGUUCCACACUUUUUCCAGCCUGCAUGAAUGGGCGGGGAAUUUCACCACCUCAAUUCUAAGAGGAUUCGAGGUCUAAGGAAGUAAAGUUUUAGCCAGCGAACCUAGACCAUCUACCAUCUUUAAAAAUUCCGCAACCUAUCCCUUUCACUCGCAGUGGUGAAAAUCUCUGAUCUGCCGCCCCAAAAGUUACACGCGCCCCAGUUAAGUUUUAUUUUUUCAGUUGGCCACUGCCUAAAAAAGGCUUGCACCACUCUCUAAUCUAGUGACGUAAAAAGAAAAUUCAAAACGGCAUUACGGCUGAAGGCUAGUUGAAAGAAGAUAUGUUUAUCUAUGUAUCCAGGGACUGAGGGAUUAGUUUGGGGAAAAAGGAAAAUAACGGAAUGAACCGCCAAUGCUGCGUGGAGUGGGGCGGUUCGCUUCUUUCUUCUAAUUAAGUGUCGCCCCAUGUAUUAUUAACGGCAACAGUCUUGGUUUCUGGAUUCCACGCCAUGGUUUCCAGAUUCCAUGUACUGCAUUUCGGAUUCCUUGAUAGUGGAACUUUGGUUCUGGAUUCCAAUCGUGGGUGAAUUCCAGAUUCCUUGAGCUGUAUUCCGGGUUCCAAAGCCCAGGAUUCCACCUUUCAAAGCAAAACUUUGUUGUUUUCCGAAUUCCGCAAGCAAAACGUUCGCGGAUUCCGGACGCGGCCGGGAUUCCAGACUGAUUUCGAGAGAAAAAAAUCUUGCAAGGAAAUACCCAGGGAAAAAACUUCCUGCUCUGAAAAAAUAUAUGUCUUGUAGGGUAUAGUGCUGGAAAAAUUCUUACACCGUUGUAUAUCGGUGAAAAAAAUUCUAUCCCCAAUAGCCUGAACUUCAGACGAUCACUUCGAGUCGUUUUCUCCUCUCAGCAAAUCACCCAUAUCCUCCCUCAAAAGUCAAAUGGUCGACCCCUUACAAAGAGCCUGGUCCCAGACUAUCACGAUUAGGGCAGAGCCUCUGUGAAAAAAAAAAAAGGCUGACGAAUUUUGAUUUUGUUGUAAGAGGUCCGGAAUCACUGCACACUUGACGCCCGGGGGGGACUCCGCAUAUGAAAGGGGUGGGGAUGCUCGUCGUCUCGCUUAGGGGUGUAACUGAAUACUAGUUACAAUUGAUUUGUUCAUUAUUUAGUUUUCUGUGGUUGUUGUGCUUCGCUCAGUCCAGGUGUAUUUGUGAUCGAAACUAGAGAGAAUUUUAAAAAUUAACUGAGAGUUUUCGAAAUUGUAACGUUUGCGCAACGGACAAGUUUAAGGAAACGGUUGCUGGAUAUCAAAAUGUUGUGGGACUUAUGAAAUGUGGAAACAUCACUGCAGAUAUACUAACAACUUUACUUGUGCUCUGCAUUAAUAUAUAUGUGGUUUCACCUACAAGCAAGUUAAACUCUACGUAUAAUUAUGUUACCAAUAAAUACAGUUGACUGAGUAAAAGUUGUAUAAUAUAAUACUUUUCUAUAAGUUAAUACUUUUAAAGUGCACCUCUAUUCAUAAUAAAUUACAAUAUUUAUAAUAGCACAUGUUUAUGUUUACUUGAGGUCUCAGUUAGAGACAGUCAAGCCUUUGUUUUAUGGUCAGUGUGAUUUUCUCCAAAAAACCAAACGUCUUGAGCAAAUUAGUCAUUAUUAUAAUAUAGCACUGGCAUUUACCCAAUAAACUGAAUAAAUAAGAACCCACACCAGUAUUAAACCUGACUGGGAAUAGUGUAUCUGCUUUCAGACUUUAAUAAACUCUGCGAUCUAUCGUUGCUUGAGAGAGCUUUCCAAAAUAAUGAAGCAACUAGUCGUCUGACUAGAACAUUUGUCAGAAAACUACCAAGAAUAUAUUUUGCUAAAUUCAAAUUGAGGUAAAAACAAUUUGUACUGUGACGACACUUUGCUGUUACCUACGUCACUUUUUAAAAAAUUCUUUUGAGCUGUCUCCAUAAAAGAGGGCUAGGAAGGAACAAGGAGAUUAAAUAUAUCACUGUCUGCACAUAAUGAACAACAUGCUUUCAGAAUGAUUAGUAAAUAGGAUAGUAAAGUUCUCAAGCUAAGAACAUAAAACGUGACCUUUCACACUAAUAAUGACUAAACUUAAUUUACCAUACAUGUAUAAUAUUUGGCACUGAAAAGUAUAAACAUGUUGUAGGUUUAUCCAUUAAUGAACACGAAUACAAGUGCUUAUAUAAAUACACUAUGAAUAUACAGAUAAUCUCAAAUGACUAAUUGCUGGAGAUACAAGAGGCUCAUGCCUGUUGCAAUUAAGUCAAAGAGGGAUUGCUGAUGUACUGAGUCAACUAAAGAUAACCCAGCAAAAUAAAUUAACCAACACUGCAGACAGUAUUUUAUAUUAGCUACAGAUAUCAUUAGCAGAUGCAAAGAGUGGCAAAGUCACCUGGGGGUCUCAGGUAUGGAUGUGACAAGCUAAAGGCAAUUUCUUUUUUAAAUUAUUUCAACAAAAUGUUUAACCUAAAAUAAACAAAACUGCUUACACAUUGUUGUGUAAGACUGCCUGAAAGAGCUGCAAUUUAUUUUGUAUGCCACUUAAUCAGGGAAUGAUAUCAACUUUGUUGUUGACUCACCACUUGACAUUAAACCACAGUAGCUGUAGAUGAAAAAAAACAGGGUGCACCCAAAUUACACAUCAAGUUUUACUGAUCAGAACCAGUUGUGAAAAUCUCAUUGCCAGUAUGCAACUUUUAGUCAUGCUUGGUGACAGUCUGAUCAGAAUUUCUGGCCCUGGACUAAUACCACUUUGCAUUAUUUACUAUAAAUAAUACAACAUGACAUACCCACAAAAUACAAUAUACAGUCUACAAAAUUCUUAAUGCAACACAUCCAAAGUUACACCUUGUGUUGACAGCACCAACUACAACCCAAGUGUUCCUUUCCUCAUCAUAAUAUUCAAUACUGUUGGUGACACGACCACCCACCACAUAGAUGGUAUCAUUCACGACUGCCACACCCAGACAGCGGCGGCCAGCAUUCAUGGCUGCUACAGACUGGCUCCAUGUAUCAGUACCAGGAUCAUACAUUUCAACACUGUUACUACAAGAUUCUCGGUUGUCAGAUCCUCCAAUGGCAUACAGCUUCUCACUAAGAACAGCAACACCAAGACUCCAACGAGCUGUGCUCAUUGAUGAGAUGGCUUCCCACUGGUUGGUGUGGGGAUUGUAUCGCUCUGCAGUGUUCAGUGGAGCCCACAGAUGGUCUAAGCCUCCAACAGCAUAAAUCUUCCCUUUCAUCACACCUACACCUGUAAAUGAAUAAUAACAGUAUUGCCAAAAAUAAGUCUCUGGGAUCUUAUUUUAAAUGAGGACACAUUAAGCCACAGGCAAUUAUUUAGUUUUUAUCUUCCACAAACUGACUGCAAUGACCAACCAUGAGGUGAAGAUGGUCAGAUAUUGGCCAAGGCCUUUGUCAGCAUUCAUGAACACACAAAAAAAGAAGAGGCCUAAUAUCCAGCCAAAGAGCUUGUUCAGGAUUUGCUUCAUCUACCUACUUGUGAAGCCAGCAAUAAAUUAUUGCAAAUUGAUGGCCUCGGUGUAGCCCUCGCUAUUAUGAACAGCUCUUUUGAUCCCAAGCGAGGUCAUAAACUGUGUGUGAGUGUACCAUUGCCUAUUGUGCAACAAUUCCCAACUCAAAUAACUUUAGAGACUGUUUUAUGUUACAGCUGUAUAUAACAAGAAGUUCUUACAGCAUUCACAUGACAAAAUACACACCAGCUCAGCCUAAGGCAUUCCCGCAUGUGUGGUUUAUGCGCCAGAUCAGUGCAUCACUCAUGUGCCACUUGCCCCAGACUACACAAUUUUGCAAUUUUCAAUCCAGAAUGAAGUUCAUUUUCAGUUUACAUGAUACUGUACCAGAAUGAAAUUUCUCACCAGAAAGAAAAAAUUUUAUUGCCAUUGAAGACUGGAAUAAACUCAUUCCAGAAUGACUUGUACAGAAAUAAAAUGCCAUUUUGGUAUCAUGUAAACAAAUAAAGAGAAGAUGGAAUGAACUUGUUCCAGAACAAAAGUCAUUUCGGUAUCAUGUGAAUAACUCCUUAGAAAGAACAAUGUCAGCAGUAAUAGAUACCUGGAUAGUAGCGAGCAUACAUCAUUGAUGGCAAAGACCUCCACAUCAUGGUUUCUGUGUCAAAUUGCUUGGCACACAUACUGCUGUGUCCCCCAACAACAUAGAUGUAACCUUCAUACUCACAGACACCAGCCCACUUACACUGCACAUCAGGGCCUGUUGCUACCUGUAUCCACGAAUUAGCUAUGGGGUCGUACUUGCCAACCUUGUAACGACUUACAGUGUAGAGCUCAUCACCAACAGCAACAACUCUAAUGUAAUCCUCUCUGGACACAUGUGCGACCGACAUUCCAGCAACUACUGUCCAUUCCAAAGUGUCCACAUUAAAGCACUGGACACUACUUAUCUUCUGCCCAUUGGACCAGCCACCAAUGACGAAAAUCUCUUCUGAAGCCAUGCGAGGUCUGACGCGGAAAUUAUCGAUGGCUGUAGUUGAUUUGCUUUCCACAGCCGUUUGAUAGCUAAUAGCUUCACGGAUCAAUUCCUUGCACAUGCGAUAAUCACGUGUGAGUUUCUGGAUGGAAGAACUUCCAUGUAAAUACUGAAGGUUCAUUAAAGGGAAUCUUACAUACUGCAUAAUGUCAGGGACAAAGUCCUUCCUUGCGUUCGUAUCAUGCGAAAUCCACUGCAAUACAGCUUCAAAAACCAUUUCCUCCGACUGAACUUUCAGUGAAUCAUCCUUAAUUAAAUCCUUCAGCUGUUUGUAUGGCAUUUUCUUGAACUCGUCUUCUUUGUAAACGCUCGCAAAAUGCCAAAGCGCAAAGCGACUAGCAUGUUGGCUUAAUUCCUCAAGACAGAAAAGAUCUGCGACAAACUGAAGACCGACACAGUUAGCCGGAGUCAUGUUGCGUCGAAGAAAAGUUUCGCAGUGAUCGACAAGGGAAUUCAGUCUCAACAGAACACAAAUUCGCAGUAUUUCUUCCACGUUGGAAACAUUCACUUCAAGUUCAGAAGUGUAGAAGUAUCCCACGAUUAGUUCAACCGCAUUAGCAUCGACUUCUUUAAGGAUUAUCUUCUGCUCGCUGGCUUCCGAAAACCCAGACAAAAACAUGGCUCUAAAGUAAGGACUGCAUGCCGCCAAAACGGCUCGAUGAGCGACGAUUUCGCGGUCUUCAACGACAAGCGUAACAUCGGACAACUCUUUGCUUCGUCGCAUGCUAUCUAAAACUUCCAUAAUAUCCCUUGGAAGAGACUCUUCCACGAUUACAACUGAUGUAGAGUCCAUUGUGGCGGUAAAACGUUCUCAUUGAAAGGCCAACAAGACGCGUUCUUCUCCUGUUGUUGUUACCGGAAAACAAAGGGACCGCGUGCUGAUCUCGAACUGUAGGGACUGGAGAAAGGAAAUGAACUUUUCAGUAUCCGAACAUGCUUGAACGCACUUUUAUUGCUUCCUAAGUUUAAGGGCUAAAUAUGUAUAACAUGCCCAUCAGAAGUUAUUUUUGAUACGAAAUGCAAACUAUUUUGUGUGAGAUCAAAGUUCAGGGUCAAGAAAAUUUCAAUCAACCGCGACAAUUCACUGUCCCUCCCUUCCCACUUCCUAUCUAUUUUGUUACUUGUUUCAUUCCAUGCCCACUCGGCAAUAUGGCGGAUGAGCUGACAGGGUUCUUGCAAAUCAUCGUUUAGCAAAGAGAUAUGUUCCGCAAACGGCAAGACAGCAAAGGAAGUCAAAAGGUACUGGCAUAUUUGUCGUGCGUAAAAUUUAUUAAUACCCGCCAUGCUGGGAGUAUCAUUUGGUGAGCUUAUCUGAUUGUGCAUGCAUCAUGCAGAAUUAUUGAGCACAAUUUAACUUAGGGUGUAUAUAUAAAUGCGAAAUUUGCAAUAAAUUCACACUGUAGUUAUAAGAAAAAUUUAGCCAUAAAGUCACUUUGUAUAUUAGGAAUGCGGAGACGAAUCGUGUCUAACCCCGGUCUUCCUUUGCUCUUUACCCUGUACUUAAAAAUAAAUCUAAUAUUCCACAAGUCGCUUGGUACGAAGAUGGAAUUUUCGAAGAGGGGCUAGACACCGGAAUCCCACCCCAUCACAGUAUCCUUCCUUUUCUUUCAACGAAACGGGACAAACAGAUAUACUUCUAACUUGUCAGGCGGGGUAAUGGUGGCUUUAUUCAAUUGAUGUGGGACAAAAAAUACUAGUUACCCCGUACGCACACAAUUAUAAUAUUAUUAUUGUUGCUUGGACUAAUUUCACGGAAUUUCUAAUGAUGUGUGACCAGCUAAAGAAAGUCUGCAAGGUAAGGAGUUAAAGUGUGCCACUGGGCCCUGAAAGCCUUCGCCUCUACCAAAUUAUGUUCAGCUGAAUUUGUCAACCCUAUUCUACAAAAGGAACCAAAUUUGCAAUUCUAUCCCCAACUUAAAUUUAACCAAAAUCUCUAAUAAUUGUUUAAUACCACAGAUUAAUUUCCCACAUAUACUGGUAUUUGAACUUAACCACUGAUUUUCAAAGCUGCAGUACUUUAUCCUGCACAAAACUGUUAAAAACUCUACCACAUACCACCCAGCAGCACAUACAUGUACCUUUACCCAAUAUAUAGCUAAGAUUCAAAAGUGCCCUCCCCUACCCUGCUUCUCCCUGAAAGUUAUAUUUCUCCACUCCCUGAGACAACUCAAGUCAGUUUGCAAUGCUGGCGAAUCUCCUCAGCUUACAUCUUUUAUCAUUGGCAUCAUUACUGUCUACAGAGUGAUGCUGUACCAGAGAUUGAAGAUGAUCAACCGAGAAACCCAUUCACAGAGCUGAGACUUCUCUCCUCUCACAAAGACAUUGUUCAUCUUUUAACAGUCAUUGAUGAAAGAAGGUACAUGUAAAUCUAUGUGAGAAAAAUUUAUAAUCAGAUCAGAUGCCACUUUUGGCUGUCAAGGUAUACCCAUGGAUCAAGAUAAGAACUAAACUGACAACCUUUAGAAUGUAGUUUCUUGUCUAACCUAAUCUGCUAUAGCAAAACAUCAGAGAUGCCAACCUCUGGAAAUCUAAAAUCUGGAGACUCUUUCUUUUGCAUUAGCCCCCCAAAUAUCAAUGAUCAACCCCCCCCCCAUAAGCACAAUUCGAUCCAGUCCCUAAUCGGCUCAGGAGAUUAUUAUGAAGUCUUGCAUGAGUUAUAGACCAUCACAAUUAGCUUUCACGAUUUUGUCAGUGUUAAAAUACGUGCGAAAAUACCCCAGAAACCGAACUUUGAAUCAUAGAAAAUUCGAAUUUUGGGAGAAAAUGGGAUAAAUUCCAAAUUAAAGCACAGAAAAGCUCAUAACUCGAUUUUAUCCGGGAGAUUUGGUGACCCGUACGGGAGACCGGGAGAUUGUUGUCUUAUCCGGGAUACUCCCGGAUAAUCCGGGAGAGUUGGCAUGUAUGAAACAUGUCUUAGUCAUCAGAUUCAACAACAUGCAUGCACAUCUGUUCUUCUAACACUGAUGCUUUUGCUUGAUACAACUGACAACAAUACACAAACUAUAGGUCUAUUUGUUCAAACAUGAAGAGAGUAAAAUUAAUUUUGUAUAGUGCGAAAAGUAAAAACCAAUUACAUCACAAAGACAGUACAAAAACUUGUAUGAAGAAUUUCCAGACCGAGUACAUUGAUGUUGAAGGUUCACAUCAGCAUAGGUUCAAUAUUGAGGACUGUCUCCUGCUGCUUAUUUUCUUUCAGGUUUGCAUCAGCAUCUGAUGAUAAUCUUGCAGUCAUCUGGGAUGCAAAGGUUUUUUACUUCUAUUUCUGAAUAAAAUUAGGCUUAACCUUUAAACUGCAGGAUGGAUAAUCUGUCUGGAAUUUGGAAGUGUUUGUUUUUAAGGAGAAGGGUAAGCUGGACUACUCAGCAAAAAACUUCUCAGAGUAAGGGAGAGAACCAACAACAAAUUCCAUCCACAUAUAGUGUUGAACCUGGGACUUUAACUCCGGGCUACGUUAUUUGGAGGCGAGUGCUCUCGACUGUGCAUGUGCCCCCCUGACUCCCCUCCCACUUACCGCUCUCCUAUAAAAUCUAAUGUUAAUGCUUAUUACUUCCUACUUUUUGCAAAAUAUUGGGUUAGGGGAGGGAUGGAAUUACUGAUGUACAAUUUAUAUCAAUUUCAGCUCUUGUGUUGCAUGUCUACCCAAUGAAUGGUCAAAAAAUAAUCUUUUAGAGCUGUCUACUUACGAGCUGUAUUCUUGUCCACAGACUGGCAAACGGUUGAACGUUCUGAGAGGUCACUCACGACCCAUUAAAUGCAUGCUUCUGUUGCACCAGAGACAUGAGUUUCAAAAUGAGGAGAUAGCUGCCACACUGUUGUUGACAGGUUCUUCAGACAGAACUAUUUUAGUAUCCUUGUUGAUAGUACUAUCUAGCUUUUAGCCUUUACAGUAGCUUGAUAAUUAUUUUUGUAGCCAGAUUUUAGAAAAUGUUACGGCCACAUCUAAUAAGCCUGUUCUGUUCCUUGACUAUCUUACUAUUUUGGUUUCAUAUGAAAGGUUUGGGAUGUUGCUGAUGGUCAGUGCUUGCACACAAUUAAAGAUCACUGUGGCACUGUGAAGGUUUGUAGUAAGUGUACAGGGGUUUAUUUCCUUAUCUCCUUAAUGGAGGGCACUUGGAACCUACGGGCAGGUCUUUGAAUAAGACUGUGCACCCACCACCCACUUAGUGGAACCUUGUUAAUGUGACCAGUGUUGAGCCAUAAAAUCCUGGUCAUAGUAGAAAAGUGGAUGCAUUAACGGGGUCUUAAAAAUAGGAAAAUGAAUCUUUGAUUUUUUAAGUUUGGGUCAAAAGAAUAUGGUCGUAAUAAUGAGGUGAUCAUAAGGUAGGGUUCCACUGUAUUCUGUUGUAAAUCAACCUUCAGUCUCCCUUCAUGCAGCUGUUUUUAGUGUCUUCAGACAGUGCAAGGGAGACUAUCCCUGAAUCAAAUGCUUUCCUGGCUACUUGCUAAAUACUCACUUUUUAUAUAUCUUAGCUUGCUCUGACUGACACUGACAAAUUCUCUGGGAAAAGUAUGGAGACCAGUGUUUAUUGGAGGGAUCAUUGAGGAUCACCUCAACUUCUUUUGAUAAUCCCAUCCUGCCUGAAGCUAUAGGACUGUCUGGUGGGCUUAGUACAACCCCUCCCUGCCCGCUAUCCGCACCCAAGGACCCUGUCAAUGCGUAGACACCAGUUUCCCUUCCUUUCCAAUAUGGAGAUUGUGAUCAUGAUGUUAGUUUGCUUUAUUCUUUAUGUUCCAAAUGGUAAACAGUGACUAGAAAGUGAGUUUUUCAAGACGGUGGGUCUUGCCUCCUAUGUCACGUAAACAUUUUAAUUGCUGAUGGGUUUGUUGCAUUUUGCUAAUUUAAAAGCGCUCAAUAUCUGUAUUCUAUAUGCAGCCACUAGGUUAACUGCAUGUAUUUUACUUAUUCAUUCAGUGCUUAGUCAACAUGAAAGAGGAAAAAAUUUUCUUUUCUGGUGGUCAGGAUCUCUGUGUGUGGAAUGAGAAGGGAGAGUUGCUACACAAAUGCGACAGGGCCAGUGAACAUUGUAAGUACAUACUAAAUUUUGAAAUUUUAUUAGAACUUUUUAGUGAAUGAACAAUGUCACUGUUUUGUCCAGUUAUCUACAUCAUCAUCAUCAUUUCAGCCAUCUAAUUCUUAAAUGAAUGAUUAAUGCACUUGCAGUUUCUUAAAGUCUAUUUUGUAGCUUAGAGUUAUCUGCAUUGAAUGAUUUGACUGCUCAUUCAAAUUGAGUGCUCAUUUCAUUUGAAAACGUUUGAAAUUUUGCCUCCUUAUAUGACUGAAGAUGCUAAAUUAUUACAGUGUAACAUGUCAAGUACAUAGCAAUUUUAUCUGCCUCCAUUGCAGCCGAUAUUCACACAUUACUCCCAAUAAAAAACAACAGAAUAGUGGCAGCCUCCAACAGAUCUUCUCUUGGUGAGUGUGUUUAUUAGUGACGAAAACUUUGUGUAGGGGAUACUUUGCUUUUUACGAUCAUUUCAAAUCGUACGUGUACCCAGGCUUUUUUAUGGCUACAAAUGGUAUUGCUCUGAUUUCAAAAUUGAUGACGGUGCCAGCAGCGAGAAUUAUAAACCAUUAGGGGUUCAAUAAGCAAAACAACAACUCUGCACGUGUAUGACACAAUUUUAGUGCAUUUUAUUAUUGUCAAGGCAUGACUAUGACAUGAAAUUCUCUAAACCUAGGUUGGUUUCUAGUAAAAAGGUUGGCUGAAAUAUCUUAAUAGAGGGUUUAAGCAGUCACAGCGGAUGGCAGUGAGGACGUCACUGAUGAAUUGAAUUAACGUCAUUCCAAACCCAUCUCACCUUGAUAAUCCUAACUUGCUUGUCAACUUGCUUAGUAUGCUCAACAUGUCAAAUGUAAAUGAAUUUCCUGGAGUUGAAUUCUAGGGGACUGCACCUAAGUUCCAAAAGAUAAAGAAAGAUUCAUUGUCCCCAGCUGUAAUAAACGUUCUCCUUAAAACGUUGAAAUCUUUCCAAAGUGCAGAGCCUAAGUAGUCCAACCUUUUAUCAAUCUUGUAAGCCGGGAUGAAAUUUUAAUGUAUAAAAAUACUCAAUUUAACAGAAAUUUAGCUAACCGUAUCGGGUUACUUGGGCACACAAAAUUAAUAAUUUCGAGCCCUGGAUUUUAUAUUUUGUUUGAGUAAACUAUUGACAUAAACGAGAGCUUCGCUUUUAGCCCUGGCUAAAUCUAUAUAUAAUAAUUAUUAUUAUGUUUUUACAGUGGUGUAUUCUAUAAUAAGGCCUUCAGAUGAUUCAGAAGCCCUGAAAGUCGUGGAAAUCAAGAAACUUCCAACUCACAGGGAAUCAAUUCGAUGUCUUAUCAAUGUGGCAGGCAGGUUUAGUUUUUUUCAUUUCGGUUGGAUCUUUUCUUUACUCUUGCCUUUACGUGUACUUCAACGAAAACGAAUGGUUUCAUUAUCCCCUACAUAAAUUAAGUCCACUCAACUCACCCACAAGUAGGAUAUUAGUUAUUCUGGCCUUAGAACUAACAUAACUUCACGUUGCCUUUAAGAUAUUUCCAUUGCCAAGCAAUCGUGCUUUAUAUAUCAGGAGAUUAUCUUAAGGUCUUACCAAAAAAAUCAUAUUUAUUAUUUAUUCAAAAUAUUUCCCCAUCCCUGAAAUUAAAAUCAGUUCUUCAUAACCAACUGGUAUUGACCAAAUGUGGAAGAUGCGAGCAAUAUCCCAUGGAUUCAAUGAUAUAAUGUCCAAGCAGCCUCGUUUUUAGGCAAAUAUCCAAUCCGUCAUCAUCGUCAUCGCCAUCAUAAGCAGGAGCAAAACAAAAUACACUUGUAUAAGUGCCCUCAGAAACUUUUACUUUUCUUGUGAGAGGAGCUAAGUUUUUGUUUUAAAUACUAGAUAGUAUGUUUGCCUCUGCAUCGCUGGAUGGAGCCAUUGUUCUCUGGAGUUCUCACAGUCUUUCUUACACAAGGCAGUUUAACUUUGUCAAGAAUUACGAAGGACCCAGUCACACUUAUCCCUCCAGCACUCAACAUGUGUUUACGGUAGAUCAGGUAUGGCUGAUAGACAAACGCGCUCACUUGAAUUUUGACUUCAAGGCCUGAAAAAUCUUUUUCUUUUUUUUUUUUCCCCGCUUUCUGAGUCGGUGGAGAAAUCUCAUUGGCUAACAUCCACACAAGAUAAUAAAGUGGUCGCUUUAAAAGACUUAGCAGACAGUGAAAGGUAAUGAGAUGAUAGGCCCGCCUCUCUUCCCACGCUCAUUAACUUUCACGCGCCCCAUAUUACAUAACGGGGUAAUAUGUUUUUUGUAAUUGAAUAUUCUUUUCUUGACCCUCUCAGAGAUACAUGUUUACGUCAAUUGGUCAAGGAUUUUCCUUGUUCGAUUCAAUGUCAGGUAAAUUUUAGCAAAAUUGCGGUAGGGUCUCUUACUGUAUAUGUAGGAAUAAAUCAUAUGCAGGAUGUAGUUUGAGUUUUGUUGGACUGAUUCUUUAACGAUGACAUAAGAGGCACCUCUCUAUAAACAAUAAUCUUCAGAGUGACACCUAUUCAGUAGACUGUUCACAGUCUCUAUUUUUCCGUUAGAUGGUCGAGAUCGAGGGCUUUGCGUUACGGGCUUCCAUCCUGCAUGAGUGUCAAAACUGGCGGUUUGGGAGGAAGCGAGCUAUUUUUCUCGCUCCCCACUCCCCCUACAGCUAUAAUCCCCAACGCCCGCCCCUCGGUACAUUUGAAAAUCAAGAUGGCCGCCAUUAACGGUAAGACGCGCUAUAUAUCGACGAUCUCACGAAAAAAUAUGAGACUGUGAACAGUCUACCUAGUCAGUGUGGCAAAGAUAUUUCCAAAAAAGAAUGACAUAUAAGCAAGAAGUCAAGCUGUGGGACGUUCUAAUCUAUUUCUUUGUUGACAAUAACUGUCCCUUUUCAAGGCCGGUUUUCACCAGUGUCGGAAUCGGAAUCGGAAUCGUAGUAAAUUGGAGUCUUGAGAGCGCUUAAGACUUAGUAGAAAUCGUAGACGCCUAUGGAGACACAAGCUCAACUGGAUAUUGGAGUCCCAGGAAUCAGAACGUUUCCAGCUUCUUGUGACUCUUCUUAUGAGUCCGUCGCUUUCGAUCUUGCGAAAACCAGAUUGUCGGAGUUGGAAAUAGUAGCAGAAGAAUAAACCAAUCAUAAUGCUAGUUGACACGCGUUGUGAUUGGUUUAGUUCCUCCGCUUUUCCUGCUCCCUGGUCAGUGAAUUUUCAAUUAUUUAUGAUGCUAACGAUUCAGAAAAAAAAAUUCUCAACACCAUAUCCCCGAGAUGGCAUUACGUACUACGUUCACUUUUAGCUUUUUGUGUAGAUGUUUGUGAUUUGCAAAAAUGUUCCAUUUUAGGAAAAUGCCUCGCUAAAGUCACAAAUGCUCACCAUGGAAAAAUACUUCACUCUCUUCUGUUAUUUGAUGGGUAAGAACUGUCGGUGUUUUUCAUGAAAUACCAUAAGUAUUUUGAACAUGAUUGUUCAUGUGACUGUGGUCCUGCAUUGGUCUGUUGUUGACAGUAUAGACAGUGUCCAUGGUGACAGGUUCUAUGGUGACAGUUUCUAAGGUGACAAUAUCCAUGGUGAAAGUGACUGCUGACGUUUAAAAAGCACCCUGUGCAGUCCUCAUCAUAAGAGUCAAAGUGAAGGAGUAAGACAGUUGUAUUGUUCUUCUGAUUUUGCCAUUAACAAGAUGCCGAAGGACGAUAAUAGGGACCUUACGAUCCGACAACGGCAACGUGCAUGAAAACGUCACUGAAAAAAUAGACUCCGCUUCCUUUCAACCCAUUUCGCGAUUUUCCCAAGUCGGCCUGUUACUUAAAAGAAGAGAAUUCAUGUUGGAACUGAAUAGAGGGGACUGCACCCCAGUUCAGACAGAGAUAGUAGAAUUUAUCGCCUUGGCGUUCCCGUCCUCAAAAAAACUUAAAAUUUGGUCAUUUCACGUCUUAGUUGUGUAGGGAAGGCAAAGAAAUGUACAAAAAAGCGUGAUGCACGCGCAGAGUUGUGGUUUUGCUUACUAAACCUAUCGGUUUUUACCUUUGCCGUUGCCAUCGUAGUUUCGUAAGGUCCCUAUUGUCACGUCGGUAAUACAACUUUGGCAAACUUAAGAGGAAGGCUAUUACUGGUUUGUUUCUCUAAUAACAGUUUGAUUGUUUGUUUGUUUGCUUUUUUGUAAGGUUUUUUGUCAAUUAAAUUCCGAUAUUUAGCCCCUCCAAAAAGAGCCUCGGGCCUUAUUUUCUGAAUUUUAACGUUGUUUGAAAUGAGAAUCAUCAUUUCAUAAUUUAGUGUUAAUUAUUCCUCGUGUUUGCUGUUUUAGUUAUGUCCUGGCUACUUGUUCUGAAGACGGUUCUGUCAGGAUUUGGGGAUCUCCCCAUCCUCGCUUAGUCUGUAAGUAAUACCAAUCUUUUGUCAAAGUGUAUCACUCCUCUAAGUGCCAACGUCAGUGUUCAUACUUUGUGGUGGUUAUUUAUUUGACUCAGUUGACACCAGCUGUAUUGCCUCGAUCAAAUGAGUGUCGCAUCAUCGGAGACGUAGGGGCAUUCUGUUGGGUCGGGAGACGGCUCGACAAAAGUUUCGAUAAGAACACUUUCCCACAUGCGCUUCUAAUGUUUCUUCUAGAGUAGCCACCGUGUUCAAUUCCGAAGAAGUCGAGGCGUUGGAGCAAGUCAAAGUGGGUGGGGUAGGAGACGGGUAAGGAGGCGAGGAGAGGGAGAGAAGAAAACUUCGCUUCCCCUCCCCCAUCUCCUUCUUUUACCCUAACGCCAACAAAAUAAGUUUCCUUUGGUCGUGUAAAUGAGAAAACGUGACAAGCCUCUCACCUUGCCAAGGAAAGACCUGGCAAGUUUUCCAAUUUACUCGAACAAAUUCACUUACCAAGUAGAAGUUGCUGUAGUCCAUGGGGAUCAAGUUUUGACACUUCAAGUGCAUUUUUUUGUGUACUAUUUUCUCUGAAUAGGCGACGGCUCAGACGUCAAACCGUUUACGUUGCACAUCGAACGAUUCCUUGGAAAAAGGCAAGUACACAAACACUCGACACCUGGGGUGCCUACUAUUCACACAAACCACCCGGGUGGAAAGCUGUGCACAAACAUAAAACUGUAAAAUUCAACAAGGUAGGAGAACGAAUCGCUACAAAGUAUAUCAAAAUCAGCUGAACAGGCUAAAAAGAGCAGACGAAUAAAUUGCAUCGCCUCAAGUCACAGCCCAUAUUUUCUGAAGCUUCCCAAACGGAAUGGCGCGAACCAUUUGAUUUUCCAACCGGUAUUUCCGGUUUUCCCAUGUAAAUGGUAAGAACCCCUGCAUUAGAUUGAUUGGUAAUUACGUCUUCCUGUUGUUUUCAUCUCUAAAAUGCUUUCUCUUUAUUGCAGCAUUUCAGAAAUACAGCAUCUCAACAAUCCAAUUCGUCCAGCACUUUUGGGGGAGUGUGUUGCCCAUACCGGCGCUGUUAAUGUAAGUCAAAGAAAUACGGUGGCAAAAUUUUUGAGACACUACACACAAGUUUGGUAACUUCGGAGAACAAAACAAUCCACAACCUUCCCCUCCCUUCUAUUUUAUGAAGGGGUGAAGAAGGGAAUACUUAAUUUUCCACAUUUGAAUUCGACAAAACGUCAGAAAGGCCCUACAGGGCAAAGUGUCUCAACUAAUUUUGUCGCCGAUUGUAGACUCCUUUAGGCUUGGAGUUCCAAACACUCGCAGCUCGCUGUCUAUUAUGUUUUCAAACAGACCGCACUCGUUUUUCGUUGUUCAGUGCACGCAUAAAAGUGGGCGUGGCAACAAAGUGAUGACAUGUUAUUGUUUUGGUUCUUAAAGAUGGCCGUUAAUCUUGGUCGAGAGGGCUUUGCGUCAUGCGGAAGCGAUGGCCUUGUUGUCUUAUGGAAGGUGAGUUCUGUUGCCUGACUAGUGUAGUCAUAGACUCAGUCUAUAUAAUGCCAUCACAAGAGAGAACAAUUGUUCUCUCUUUUUCUCCAAUCCUUUACCACAUUUGUACUCAGACAUUUUCCUGACGUUUAACUGAUUGUAAGUCCAUUUAAGCACUCGUUGCGUGCUAUAUAUUGAACUAACGCUAAGUUUUCUUUCUAGGAUGGCGUGUUAGAAAAGGAAAGAAGAAAUGAAAUGGUUCGUCAAGUUCUGUUGUCCAUGGAUAAUAACACGCCGUGAAGACUUGGCGGUAGGAUCACUCACUUUUUUCGUGACGGUUAAGGAAGCUCCUUCUGCCGAAAAGAAGAGUCUGUGUACUGUUGACUUGGAGACAAGUAACGUUCUGAUGUUUAGAAUAGGUUUAGUUUCCUACGCAACCGUCGUUUCGAUACAAAAUAGGCUUCUGGAAUGCUUAAAUUAUUUUUUUGUAAAUGG